CAUGCGCGCCGGGCGGCGGCGGGGCCGGGGCCAUGGCGGAGGGGCUGCGGGCCUUCCGCCUGCGCGGCUGCGGCAGCCCGCAGAAGUUCGGUGUGGCGGCCGGGAGCCUGCGCGGGCUGCUGCGGAAGGGCUGCCGGCUGCUGCAGGUUCCCUUGGCAGGCAGCCGGCUCUGCCUCUGCGAGGACGGGACGGAGCUGAGCGAGAGCUACUUCCACACGCUGCCGCCGCAGACGGAGCUGGUGCUGCUGGGGCCCGGGGAGACGUGGCAGGGCUGUGCCAGCGACAUCGAGCGGUUCCUGGCUGCUUCCUGCACCCAGAGCCGUGCGGUAGUGGAGGCGGCGCAGAAGCUGCUGUCCGACGAGCGGGCGCCCAGGAGGCAGAAGCUGCUGGCGGAUCUCAUCCACAACCUGAGCGAAAACAUCCUGGCCGAGGACAAGGAGGACGACAAGAAGUGGUUCGAAGGUCUAGAGUCUCGUUUUAAGAACAAAUCAAGCUAUAUGCGAUACAGUUGCGAAAGCAGAAUACGAAGCUACAUGAAAGAGGUUAGUAGUUUUAUUUCAAAUGUUCAUCCUACAGCAAGAGAUGCAUAUAAAAGCAUAAUUGACCUGAUGUCAGACAAACUGAAAUCUGUGAAAUACAACGGAUGCUACUUUGACAGAAGAGAGGAGGAAGCAGUCCGCCUGUGCACUAUGGAGGGAUGGUUCUCUUGUCAGGGGCCUUUUGACAGAGAUGACUGCCCAUGUAAGCAUUCAAUCAACCCCUACAGUAACAGGGAAAGCAGAAUCCUCUUCAGUACCUGGAAUCUGGAUCACAUAAUAGAGAAGAAACGUGCUGUUGUCCCAGAACUGGCAGAAGCUGUCAAAACACGAGAUGGAAGAGAAGUGAACUGGGAAUAUUUCUAUCAGCUGCUGUUUACAGUGGAUAAUUUAAAACUUGUACAUAUUGCUUGCCAUAAGAAAACCAAUCAUAAUCUCAGUUGUGACAAAACUAAAAUUUACAGAAAAAGGAAGCAAAACCACAAGAUUUCGUAGUGCUAUCUCUGGAACUGACUUCUGCUUUUUUCAAAAUCAUGUCAUGUGGUAUCACUUUUAAAUAGCUCUAGUUUCUUAAACAAGAACUUACGUAAGUCUCUGGCAAAAGAGACUUGCCAAGUAAUUCAACUGCAGUCUUAAAAGCAUACGUUCAUAAUUCUACUCUCACUUACUGCAAGCCUUCCUUAGAUCACACUGUGUUAAGUGCAGUAAAACAGAUGUGUGUCAGGGUAUAAAAAUGAGGUCAGAGGCUGGCACUGAUUAUGCCCUACGAUCUCCUUCUUGCUGUGACAAACAUAGGCCCAAAACUCACAGUACAUGGAAACGAAACUUGGACAAAACAUUUCUUAAGAACUGAAGAAGGGGUCUUGUAGUAUUUCUCUGACCAUUAAGCCAAACAAAGAAUAUGUUAGGAUAAUUCUGUUGCUCUGUGCCUUUUCCAAGCAGACAACCACUGUAUUUCAGGUAUGCCAAGGGGCAAUUCAGUGACUGAGCGGCUGGCUCCUCUGUACCUAAACACCUGUGCUCAUCCACAACCACUCUAUUUACUGGUGCUUUAGCUGUGCAUCUCCUAGAGGGAAGAGCAAGGCCCUUUCUGUCUUUGCUUUUACCACUUUUGUUCUUUGUCAUCUUUCCAAUUCAUUUCCCUCUCCUUUCAAACGUUUUCUGCAUCUUUAGCUUGGAGUUUGCCUGAAGCAAUACAAGCAAUGUUACUGUAAUAAUAAUAAUCAUGUUUACCUGCUGCUUUAGAGAAUACUGCUUUUGUAAGACACUUCCUACCUCCGGUAACAAAAUACAAAUAGAUCAAUUUUUACUUGAUUUUUUAGUUUGUUUUUAAAUAGCAGCUGAUAGCAACUGAACUCUUAAGGACUGGCAGUGUAAAUGAUGUGAAUUUUUAAAAAAUAAAUAUAAUCGCCACUA